AACUUUUCAGUUUUCACUUCCACUAACCACCACCCGUUCCUCCCCUUAUCGAAACGGAUAAUAAUACUCAUGGCCUCUCCAUCUGCUACUGUCCUCGGGCGCACCAUCACCACCACCACCACUGCCACCGGAACACCCUCCGUCACCCACCAAUCUCUCCACUUCUCCUCCAAAAUCCUCUUCCCUGUCUUCCCCUUUAAAAAUCACAGGCCAAUUACCAAGCUUCACGUCUCCUCCCCAACCAACAAACCUAUCACCACCACCCCUGCAAAAAAACCCACGGAAGAAACAAUCUUUUUCGACGGUGGGGCACACUACGGCGACCUCUUAGCCAAUCUGCUACUGGGUUUCACUCUGCUCUGGCUGCCAUUGACACUGGCUGCAGUGUCGAGGGCCUUCUAUCUGAGAUACAGGUUCACAAACCUACGGGUGACGGUGAUUUCAGGGUUGACAGGGCAAGACAGGAGCGAUUUCUCUUACAAGGUGAUUAAGGAUGUGCAAGUUGUGCCUCGUUUUAUAGGCGAAUGGGGUGAUAUUGUGAUUACUUUGAGAGACGGUACCAAGGUUGAUCUUAGAAGUGUGCCUAAGUUCAGAGAGAUUGCUAAGUAUUGCUUGUCAAUGGCUGAAAAGCCUGUGGUUUUGGAGGAAUCUGGGCCUAAAGGAUUCUAAAUUUUUAAUGGGUUUUCUCAUUUCUUUCCUUUGGACGAUGUCGAAUUUUUGUUGAAUGUUGCAAUUACAAAUUAUAUAUAUAUACCACUCCAAUCAUUGUGAAGAUAAUUGAAGGGUAAUUUUAUUUAUUUAUUUUUUCAAAGUUCAA